CUCAGUUUGGUGUUGAGCGUGCAAUAUUUUUAUCAGCUAGUUUGUUAAAUAUAUGUUCCAUUUGUAUGUUAAUUAAUUAAGGAGAAUAAAAGACAAGUAGGUAACGUAACGUUUUUGCUAUUAAGUUUAUUAAGUUGCUAAAAGCUAAGAAAGUAAGCCUAAUUCGAUGAAGCCAUUCGAAAUAUGGCCGAACAAAAGACAGUUGACUUUCUGUGGAACUGCGCAAAUAAACUGACUGGACAAUCCCACGCCGAACGGUUGAUAAAAUCCCAUUACAUCACCACCUGUCGAAAGUUCGCCAGACACAACGUGCAACUGCCCGAAGACAGCUUUGGAGCGGCCCGGCUAUGCGCCCGCUGUGGAAACCAGUGGACGGAUGGAAACUACCAGCUGCACCUGCAGCCCCAGCGCCUGGCGGACACUGCCAAGAGAAGAAGACUCAUCGCAAAGCUGGAAACGGCCAAGGCGAGUCAGCAGAAAGGCUUGCUGAGCACUGCGGCGAGAAAUCGGGCCAAGUGGCUGAGGAAGCACAUGGCCAGCAACGUUGUUGUGGACUGCGCCGUUUGUCAGCAUAAGACAAUGCUGCCGCUGGAGAAGCGGAAGGGCAAGAAACGGGGCAAAGGCAAUGAUGAAACAAUAGCAAACCCUACGUCGACGGCGCUUGGCGAGGCUGCAGCCACAAACCAACAUAAAGGGAAAAAUAAGAAGAUCCAGAGUAAAGAAAUUAAAGCAGUCCCGAAGAUACCACAGCAGGUAAAAGCAAAGGCGACCACAUCUCCUGCACACCCCACGAAAUCGAUCCAUCCUGCCGCUGCCAAACACCAAACCCCAAAGCAGAAGAAGAAAACGAAAACAGCGCAGUCAGCGCCGAGUACGCAAUCGAAGACACAGAAACAAAACGCGCUGUUACAACUGGCGGCUCAGCUGAAGUCGCACGCGUUUAAAGACGCGAGCAAGUCGCAGCAGAACCGCCUGCAAGCGUUCCUCAAGUAGCGUGCCAGGCAAAACCGAAUAGCGCUUGCCAAUGGACUUAAGUACACAAGAUUGUUGUUUAGUUGAAUGAAAAUACUUGUUAUUGCACAUAAUUAAGCGUUAGCACAAUACUAAACCCAUUGGGGCAUGAAUCAGAGUCUUUGUGGUGCUGAACGGGCAGAGAUCGAAUGAAUGGUUGCCACUGCCGGUCCCAUUAUUGAACCAGAGUAGAGCCUGAGCUUGCGAGCGACUGGCUGGCUGGCCUCUUGAUAAAAAUAAGCCCAAUGUGGGAACCUGUUAUCCAGCCCGGCCUGGGUCGAGUCACGCAACGGCAAUGGAGUUAUCACUGCUGCAGUUGGAGCAACAUUGCUGCUGCUGGUGCUGCCACUCCCGUCCAGACUCAAGGUUGCCAAGGUAUAG